AUGCAAGAAGGUUAUAGAGAUAUAAGCAUAUUUUCCCGUCUUUUACAAGAAAGAGUUAUAUGUGUAAUGCAGCCUAUAAGUGAUCCAGUAGCAAAUGAAAUCAUAGCUCAGUUAUUAUAUCUUCAAUCAGAGAAUGGUGAAAAACCAAUUCAUAUGUAUAUCAAUAGUCCUGGUGGGUCUGUAACAGCAGGGUUAGGUAUAUAUGAUACAAUGCAAUAUAUAACAGCUCCUAUCUCAACAUGGUGUGUUGGUCAAGCCAGUAGUAUGGGGUCAUUAUUAUUAACAGCGGGAACAAAAGACAUGAGAUUUUCUUUACCUAAUGCCAGUAUCAUGGUUCAUCAAGUUUCAGGACAAGCUAUGGGCCAGGCAACAGAUAUAGAAAUUCAAGCUGAAAUGAUUUUAAAAUUGAAGAAGAAAUUAAAUACUAUAUAUGCCAAACAUACUGGUCAAUCUGAAACGACUAUACGAGAUUGUAUGGAACGUGAUAGGUAUAUGUCUCCUGAAGAAGCUAAAGAUUUUGGUCUUAUAGACAAUAUUGCUGAAUUUUCAAAAGUAUGA